AAAUCCAAUCCACCAUUAUUGGAGGAGCGAUUCAGUCUGAUUAAUCACCUCUUGGAAACAAGGGGUCAAAAUGCCGGACAAUACCGUUAACGAAAGUAUUCAUUUCGCAGUCUGCAAUUUUGUCUAUUUGGAUGACAACUACAAUCUCCAUUUCCCAGAGGGAACAAAAUUAGGCUAUGAUGCCCCAGCCGAGAUUCGAGAACUAUCGGAUCCCCAUUGGUUUACAUUUCAACCCGUCCAUCCGUUUAUCCAACAUAUCAUCGCUAUCAUUUACUUUCUUUUGUUCAGCGUGUGUGUGAGUGGAAACACAAUGGUGAUCGCAAUUUUCCUAAGGCCUGCCGCGCGAAGAAAGCCUUCAAGUUUCCUGGUGGCCUCGUUAGCCUUUUCUGAUAUAAUCAUGAUCAUCACACAAGCUCCCCCUCUCUUCCUGGGAGCCUUAUUUUCUAAAUAUUGGCCUUUCGGGAAGACCUGGUGUCAAAUCUAUGCUUUUGCUGGAGGCGUUGCGGGUUGCACCUCCAUUUGGCUAGUGAUCUUCAUUGGCUAUGACCUUUACAUGCAUUUAUCCAAAAGGGCACAGAAACAACGCGGAGUGACCGGCAAACAAGCGUGUUCCAUGGUGAUCUUCUCAUUUUUGUAUUCGGCUGCAACUAAUUGCCCUCCUUUCUUUGGCUGGGGUGCCUUCAAACCAGAGGGCAUGUUAAUCUCUUGUUCAUUUGACUACCUCACCCGAACCCCAUCCAAUCGCGCCUUCGUCGUGUAUUUGACAUUUUUCGACUUCUUUCUACCCUUCAUGCCGCUGAUGUAUCUGUAUUUCAAGAUCUGUCUCGAGGUUUUGGGAUAUUAUCACAAGCAAAACAAGGUCAUGAACACGUUGGGAAUGCCCAAACAUGUUGUGAAGAGGCUUACCAAGUACCCCAUGAGUGAGGUCCAUAUCUCUCGUCUAUGCUUUACGGUGGUCUUUGUUUGGCUAUUGGCGUGGACUCCUUACACAGUUGUCACUCUGGUUGGACAGUUUGGGAAUCAGAGACUCAUUACACCCUUGGUCUCCCAAUUUCCUGCUCUCUUUGCCAAGACAGCCUCUUGCUUGAAUCCCUUGCUCUACACAGCUUGCCAUCCCAAUUUCAGUAAAAAGAAAAUUCAAAAGGAGCGUGAAGAAGAACCUUAUGAAUAUGAUGGUGUGUCUGGCCAUCAAGAGAUUCCUUAUGAUCCCGAGGGUACUGCAAGUGUUCAAGCUUGAUCAACAACAAUUCAGGAGGACAAACAUCAAGCU